CGAUCAUCCGCCCGCGGUCCGCGAGUGGCUCAAUCCUGGUCACUGUGGCUUGACUCUCGUCCCUGGAUGCAUCGACAUGCCAUCAACUUCGCGUCGUCCACCCACCGCGAACAUGGCUUAGCCGAAUUCGAUGUCUGAGGCUGCAUACUGAUCUCACGGCCCUUCUCAUCGCUCGAACAUGUCGUCGAAACGUCCAGCGGCCUCGGGAUACGCCCGCAUCGCGCAGGCAGAGGAAGAAGAGGAGGAGCAAGCGUAUUCCGAUAUCGAGGACCCGUUCGUCGAUCCGGCAGUCGUCUCUUCCCCAGGUGCCCAAUAUGCGCCCAUACAGCCUGGUCGUCGCGGCUCCAUGCGCAUGCCCGAUGGCUCUUCUCUACCCAGACCGGGCAGACGGCGGCGAGCGAACAGCGGAGUGGACAUCAAGGCAAUCAAUCUGAGGCUGGAGCGCUGGGCAGAGGAGAUCAAGGACCGCUUCAAACGGCGAAGAGUGAAGGGAAAGAGCGCGGAAGAGGAACAUUUAGAGAUACAUCAUUCUGUAUUUCAUGCACCAGAUUGGAUCAGGCCCGCAACGAAAGAGACGUUGGAAAACGCGCGCGACGACACCGAGCGACUCUCAAAGUUGGAGUUCGACGACCUGGUCGAAUCGGUGCGAACUGCCAUUGAGCUUGGCCUACAUCCAAAAUUGAUCGCUCAAGGAAGCAGCGGGUCAUAUUUCGCACGCAAUAGUGGUGGGCAGACAAUUGGCGUUUUCAAGCCCAAAGAUGAAGAGCCGUAUGCCAGCAAGAACCCCAAGUGGACAAAGUGGAUCCAUCGUAAUUUGUUCCCGUUCGCCUUCGGACGAGCAAUGCUCAUUCCCAACCUGAGCUACGUUUCAGAAGCCGCAGCAUAUGUGCUUGACUGCCAGUUACGGACGAACCUUGUGCCUUACACGGAUGUAGUUGGACUCAGCAGUAAAAGCUUUCACUACGACUGGAUGGACAGAAGAGCAUACUACAGGAAAGGCAGGCCAUUUCCAGAGAAGCUGGGCUCAUUCCAGGUGUUUUUGAAGGGCUUCAAGGGAGCAACGGAAUUCUUCCAGGAACAUCCGUGGCCAGAUUUGAACAAUACCAGCUUUCGAGAUGCUCCAUCACGAAAGAAGCGCCGAAAGCGAUGGGACGAGACGUGCCGACCGAGCAGUAGGACGAGUAGCAGGCCUACGACAGCAACAACGGAUGGGUACAACACAGAAGAUGAAGAAGACGAUGCAGCCGAGGCGGGGAGAAAUUCUGAAUUCUGGACCGAGGAGCUUCAGCAAAGCUUUCGAGAGGAACUCGAAAAGCUGGUGAUAUUGGACUAUGUAAUGCGCAACACAGACCGAGGCUCAGACAACUGGAUGAUACGAAUUGACCGGGACACCAACAAAGCCACAAUAGUCAAGGAGCCGCCGAAAGCGAAUGGUGAAACAGACACCAAUGGCUAUCAUAGGCGCAAUGAGAGCAUGAGUGCCUCAAGAUCUCCCAGCAAAGCGCGAGAAGGGGCUGUUCCGAGAAUCGGCGCAAUUGACAAUUCGCUAUCGUGGCCGUGGAAGCAUCCCGAUGCAUGGCGAAGCUACCCAUUCGGCUGGCUCUUCCUUCCAGUCGGCUUGAUCGGAAGGCCUUUCUCGGAGAAAACGAAACAGCAUUUCUUGCCCUUGCUGACAUCCAAGGCCUGGUGGAGCGAGACGCAAGUGAAGCUCCGUCAGUGUUUUGAGAUCGAUGCAGAUUUUCAGGAGAAAAUGUUCGCAAGACAGAUGGCUGUGAUGAAGGGACAAGCCUGGAACGUUGUUGAGACGUUGAAGACACCUGAUCACGGGCCGCUGGAACUUACGCGACGGAAUCGUGUGCAUGUCUGGGACGAUCUGGUCGACAUCCCCGUCGCUGUACCAUUGCCGCGCGCCAGCGAAGAGAUGCGAAUGAGAGCCGCUGCUGCGAACGCGGAGGAACACAGACGUCAUGCACUAAAUGGUAGUACACCUGCGAUCGACAUGAUGGACGAUGAAGAAAUGGAUAUCUCCGCCGCGCAUCCGUCAGCCUCGACAAUAGAUGGCAAGCUGCUGGAACAAUAUGGAUCGUCCCUGCCGAACGAAGCCAUACACGUUCCCAAUCGUUUCAACACAUCGCGGCAGAACUCUUCUCAAGAUGUUCAUGAAUCGCAAAAGCCAUCAGAGACGGCCACCAAGGAGGUGAAGCUGUCUCCAGCAGCAAUGCGAUCGCCAGACACGCAACGUCCCGGAGCUUUCAGGUCGCGAACCGGCGAUCAUCGCCAUCGCGUAUCACUCGAUGUUCCCCGCACGCAAUGGAUGUCUUCGCCAAAUCGGCCCCGGUCGCGGCGUUUCUCACUUAGCUUCGCCAGGAACAAUAGCGAGGAUGACGGAGAUCUUGGCUAUGCAGCCACUUCAGAGAGGGAAGGCGCAACAAGGAAGGUCAUCGUGGAAAGGCUCGAAAUGGUCAAGAGUCGGGCGCCCGUAUUCAAGUGGUGCUAGUUGACUGAUGCAUGGCUCUGCAUGGGCCACAAUAUCUGCUGAAAAGCAUGGUCAAGUGUAGACGCUUCAGACACCAGGAGAGGUCUUCUGAUCAGCGUCAGCGUCAGAUAUGAACCUCGUUGACAUCUUACUGUCCACAUGAUACGAUGCUAGAUGCAUUCCAGGCGGUCCAGGAUCAAUACGGUGAUCGUGACGGCCUAAGUGCUCGCGUGAUCGAGUUGUUGACUCCACGACUGACGAGCAUCACCGAGGCCUUCACUUGCGUUCCCAGUGCGGCAUGGGUGCCAUCGUUUUGGCACAUGUGAAGGGCUGCGGACAGUUGGCGGUCGAUACAUGACUCGACCGCGCAUUCCACGCUCCGACAAGUCGAGUGGCAAGAGCGAACGGCUCCUGUGUGACAGUCAGCGUAGGCAACCUGGAAGAAUCCAAAUCUUGUCAACAGAAGUGGACUUUGAGAAGUAGUGCGGCAUUGAUUGACAAACCAC